AUGAGUUCCUUUGGUAAUCUCUUAAAACAGAAAGUUCUACCUAGUGGCUCAAGGAUCAACUUGAGGACAAAAUUUCAUACUUAUUUCAAACAACUGGCAGGAGAUUAUAUCUCAUCUGGUCGUGACACUCUACAACGUAUUCGUCAAAAUCCAGUACGAUCUACUCUCUGGACUUCAGCUGUCCUUGCUGUAUCAUACAUUACCAGCACCUGUCCCAAUAAACAGAAUUAUUAUGCUUCUCUCGUUGAAUCUGCUAUUGAUUUGUGGGAAGUUCCAGAUCUUAUACGCAACUCUGGAAGUGCCAGCUACAUUCAUAAAUGUCUUAAAUUAUUCUCUAAAGAACAGAUUAGGUAUAAUAACCUUGGAUUAUUUGCAAUUAUCUGGCGUGAUGAUCGAACUCAGUCGUGUUAUCAGUAUGCAGAAAUAUGCAAGAUCGCAUUUUGGAUUUUGGAUUCUUGGGAAAAUGGUGGUUCAUGUCACACUACAUGGAUAGCUAUGACAUCAAUCCUGACGAAUGGGAAACUCCAAAAAUCUUCGAGAAGCUCACCAGGAAAGAGUCGGACUAAUAACAGUUUUAAAAGCAGUGCGAAACCUAGUCAGCCUACUUGCUCGUCAUCUCAUUUUAAACCAUCUGAAGAUCAAAACUGCAGCGGACAAAAUAUUGAAUUACAUUUGAAUAGUCCUAAUAACAUGAGUGAUGACUGGGAAAUAAUAAAUGAAGAAGUUUUGUACGUAGACUGUCAAGGUCUGCUAGAAGAUGAUAUCUUAACCCCAUCUAGUGUCAUUCGCCUUGUGGAUAUAGAGUCAGAUAAACCUCUUAUGCAGGUUGGACCAGCGGUCUUUGAAGGACGUUAUGAAGAUACAGUUGGGACAUAUUUAUUCUUUGAAAAUAACUCCACUCUGAAUAACACUCUUCCCAUAGAAGGCGCUUCUCUAGCACCAGCGCGCAAAAUGGACGACCAAACAUCACAGCAUACCACAACCUAUGUCGCUAAAUCUUCCAAAUCUCUUACAUUUCAGCGCAUUUUCCUAAAAGCAAAAGAAGGAAAUCACUAG